CCUCCCCCCUCCCGCCAAAAAAGAUAGCUUCACACAGGCACAGAGACAUCACCACCAGCUAUGUCUCGGGAUGCCGCAUGCUGCUUGAUGUAGCUCUGGGCUGUUCGUGCCGGACUCGUCUGUUCUGGCCGGGCUGUCGGUCCAGCCCUGCCUGCUGUCGGCUGCCAUCCAUCACCGCCUUACGACUUACUUUAUCGCCAGUCUACUGUCCGCCCACACAGCGUUUCGAGCCUUCUGGCCUGCCACCCUCAACUCCAUCCACGCCUCGAUCAUUCAUGCGCUCUUUCACCUUCGACGCGUCUGCCCCGCACGGCUGCAACCUCGAGGCACCCUGAGACGCCCCCUGAACGGUUCGCUCCUACGAUUCGCUCCGAGCCCGCGUUGUCCUCAGACCCGGCGGACAGAUGAGCUGGUCCAGGUCGGACCUGUCCUCUGAAAUCAGUCCUCAAUGGAUACGGAUCCGUCACAGCUGGCCCCGCCGGCGGUGACGUCGCUGCGCGCUCACACGGCAGGCGUCAUGGAACGGUCUCUCAGCCAGCACCAGAGGGAGAAGGACAGGGACGAUCUCAAGGAGGCUGCAGAACAGACCCUUAACGUCAUUGUUGACCUGAAUCUUGACGGUUCCAUACGGUGGGUUAGCCCCUCCUGGGUAGACGUGAUCGGUACAGACGCGGCCCAGACCGAGGGCACCCCCAUUUCCGAUGUCGUCGUAAGCGAGCCGACAACCAUUUUCACCGACGUCGUCGAGUCCAUGAAGCAAGAUGACUCAGGCAGCAAGUUCAUUCGCUUCUCUGUCAAGACUGGCCCCGAGUCAAAGCUGCUCAACCCGGAAGGAGUUGCUCUGGAGUGUGAACAACCGGAAGGCGGCGAACAAGAUGAGGGUUGUCUCCAGGUCGUCGAUCUCGAGGCACAAGGCAUCAUGGUCCACGACACUGGGGGUGAAAGCCACGUCAUGUGGAUGAUCAGGCCGUGGGUUGCGCCUCGAGAGAUCAAGAUUGAUCUCGACUCUGAACUCGUCGACUCGCUUGGUUCAGGCGCCGAGGUUCUAGCUGGCUACCUGACCCGGCUCGCAGAAGUAGGACUGGACGAUUCAACUAACUAUGACCCGCCGCCGCCCGUUCUCUGCCGAAUCUGUGAACGCCAGAUACCGCCAUGGUGGUUCGAAAAACACACAGACCUUUGCUUGCAGGAGCACCAAGCCGAAAUGGAGGUGCAAAUGGCCCAGGAAAGCCUGUCAGAGCACCGCCACGCCAUUGUCAAGGUUCUCGAUGCCCUGGAGGCCCGAAAGAGCCGCUCGCUGAUCGGGGAGCAAACGGCCCUCCCGGCAGCAGAAUACAAGGGAAUGCCUAUCGGGCCUCCACAAUCGAGCUCUUCCUCCCCCGGCACAUCCUCCCCGUCGACCAGCGGCGCCCGCUCACGGGAGAGAUCUUCCGGGUUCGGCCAUGCCCGCGCCAGAUCCUUCGCCGUCCGCCGGCCACAGGCGCGGAUCGUCGAACUGCUGUUGGAUCUGUGCGACACAGCAAUCGAGAUUAGCACGCCAGCGAUAAAAGAGUCUUCGACUCAGAACCCAGGCGAAUUCCGCACCCAGUCCCCUCAGUCCGAAUCUAGAAUUGCCCAGGUGAUGCAAUGGCAUUCUCCCAGUACCAAUACUCUGGAGCAGGAGCAGGGUCUGGCAUUGCUGUGUGCUGACACGGAACGCAUCGCAAAGGCCAAGAUCGAUGCCGUCUUCCGCCACAGGAAGAUCAUUGAGUACGCGGAGCGCAUCCGCGUCGAGUUCUCCAUCAAGGUCCAGGACUGCAUAGAUGGUGCCAUGCGACGGGCUGCUCGGAUCGCUGCCGGGAGAAUGAGCGACUCGACCGAGUCUGGCUCCGAGACCGGGGAGGAUGAUGUGACACCUGCCCAGGAGGAGGGCAUCUUCCUUGGGUCGUUCGAUGCAGGCACGUCCCUGGCUCUCGCUUUGGAAAAAGCAAACCUGAGUGACGAAGUUGACAAGCGGCGCUUCUCCACGGCCAUCGACUCGACACGGUCAAGCAGCCCGAAAGAAUGCCCCACACCCCGCUCACACCACGGCAUGCUAGGUGCGGCCGGCCAGGGGACAAGAGAGUCCCGCCGAGAGUCUAUGCUCCUCGAGAGUGACACUGGGGACAGUGAGGGCAGUGCAAGGUCCUCCUCCGUGGCCUCUCGGCCACCCCCACGGACAGAGUCACCGAUCUCAGAAUUCGGGGAUCUGAGGAGACAAGCCAGCUCUCGGUCGCACAACCGACGGAGUUGGAUUCUUCCUGGUGCUAUUUCUCCGCGGAGGCAAGAGUCGCCAUCACGAGGCGCUCAACAACCGUCAUCACCCCUCAGGAUCUCGAAACCACGCGUGCCCGGGUUUCAACAAGAUGGCAUGGUCUCUCCAGAGCCAUCACCAAAAUUGCCCCACAGCGAGUUCAGCUCCCCUAUCGCUGUUCCUCAACACCAGCAUCACCAGCACCACCAGCAUCAUCAUCACAGGAGACAGUCCUCUGCUGCUAUAUCGUCGUCGACAGGAGAGAAUGUCAGGUUGCCCCCGUCGCCGCGACUCAAUGGUGUGGGUGCCCCGCCCAUGGCCCGUGCGGUCCCACCCUCGAUCAAGGACUUCGAGGUCAUCAAGCCCAUCAGCAAAGGUGCUUUCGGGAGCGUCUAUCUCUCUAAGAAAAAGUCCACCGGAGAAUACUUUGCAAUCAAAGUGCUCAAGAAGGCGGACAUGGUAGCCAAGAAUCAGGUGACCAAUGUCAAGGCCGAGCGGGCAAUCAUGAUGUGGCAAGGCGAAAGUGACUUUGUCGCUAAGCUCUACUGGACUUUCUCGAGCAAAGACUACUUGUAUCUCGUCAUGGAAUACCUCAACGGCGGUGACUGCGCAUCUCUGAUCAAAGUGCUCGGGGGACUCCCUGAAGACUGGGUGAAGAAGUAUCUGGGCGAAGUUGUCCUUGGAGUCGAGCACCUUCACAGUCGUGGUAUUGUGCACAGAGACCUCAAGCCGGACAACCUCCUCAUAGAUCAAAAGGGCCAUCUGAAGCUCACCGAUUUUGGUCUUUCGCGGAUGGGUUUGGUGGGCCGGCAGAAACGAGCCCUUAACAGUGGUUCAACCGAGCCCGCCCCUGACUUGUUGAAGACAGGCCCAUUCGCAAGGUCGACAUCUGUCGGCUCCUCAAUCUCUCGUUCCGCGUCGCUUGAUGUUCAUGCACCACGACACCCGUCAUCGCCCGGCUCAACACCACAGAUGACGCCCAGUGAUUUCGGUAUCAACCUCGGGCAACCAUCCUAUUUCAGCCUCGGGGCCGCGCAGGAGCCUCGCCGGAUAUCUAGUAGCCAUCGAAGCGACAGCGGGGGUAGCGAGUCCCUGGCUCAUAUGCUUGGGAAUUUCACUCUGAAUGACAGUGCUCAUGGGCUGGCAUCUCAGGCGGUCAUGUCACCGCAUGAGGCAGGUGAAGGGGGCAGCCCUUCCUUAGACGCCGGACCCCUGCGGCAAGCCAGCACGACGAGUACACAAGGCAGCAUGGACCAAGGAAAGGCCACCCCGCCGUUACCAAGCAUGCCCCCUCCGAACUGGGCCCUGUUUGACCCAGAAGACACAAGCCGCCGUUUUGUCGGCACGCCGGACUAUCUGGCCCCCGAAACGAUACGCGGCGAGCCUCAAGACGAGACGAGUGAUUGGUGGUCAGUUGGCUGCAUUUUGUUCGAGUUUCUCUAUGGGAUACCCCCUUUCAAUGCAAGCGAGCCCGACCAGGUAUUUGAGAAUAUCCUCGCUCGGAGGAUACACUGGCCGGAUGAGGGUGAAGACGAAGUGUCCCCCGAGGCGAAAGACCUGAUCAAUAAAUUACUGUGUAUUGACCCCCAAGAGCGACUGGGUUCAAACAAGGACGAGAAGUUCGUGUCUGGUGGAGAAGAGAUUCGAAACCAUACAUGGUUCCAAGGACUUAACUGGGAGACCUUGCUGUUGGAUGAGGCUCAAUUUGUUCCUCAGCCCGAGAAUCUUGAGGACACCGAAUAUUUCGAUGCCCGGGGCGCCACGUUGCAAUCCUUUGCAGAAGAAAUGGAAGACCAAAUGUCAUCACCGACGAGCGGCCCUGCCACGGACUAUCCAGAUCGUCCGCAUGACGCUCUGAACCGCGUCCGCUCUCAAGUCAACUCGAUGAAGCGAGGGCUGAUGCCCCUUCACAUACCACCACACGUCCGGGAUCUCAAGACCAGGAGACUGAGCGAGCCCAUGGUCAACGAUGACUUCGGCAACUUUGCUUACAAGAACUUACCCGUGCUAGACAAAGCAAAUAAAGAUGUCAUACAAAAACUGCGCGCCGAUGCCAUAGCGGCCCAGAACAAAUCGUCGGCCGCAACCAGCCCCAUCGGUGUGAAUCAAGUCACAUCACCAGGCGGCGCCGGCCUCGAAGGUAGCCCUGUGUUGUCAAACCCGGUGCAUCGAACCUUGUCCAACGCCAAAGCCACGCAACGGCCCCAGUCACCAUCAGGCUUGAGCAACUCGCACUCUUCACCAAGUCGGGUCUCGCAACCAUCAUCGCCUCUUCUGGUUUCUUUUGUUGCUGGGCAAGAAGGAAGACGCAAUUUCUUCGAUGUGCCCCGAGUUCCGCCGAGCCUUCAGAAGGCUGCCUCAUCGGUUUCAGCAUCCCCUGUAAAGGGACGCGGGGCACCACCACCACUCGCAUUAUCACCACAGAGAACAGUCACGACGCCUCGCCAAGGAAGUGGCCAAUCGAGCGCGCGGUCGAGAUCACUUACCGUUGGCUCUCAGGAAGGGAGCCCCGUGGCCGCGGAUCUCUUAGCACACCACCGGAACCGUCGCAGUCAGGUCUUUGAUAUGUCGCCUUCUUCGUCCGACAAUGAAGGCGAAAAGGCCAAUGCCGCCCUCCUCAGGGUCCAGAGGCGGCGCCACAGCUCCCGGCGCUUGUCGCAGAUUACAUAUGACUGUCCCACGUUCCGCCCGUUGGACGUCCUCAUCUGUGAAGACCACCCUGUAUCCCGGAUGGUCAUGGAAAAGCUGCUGGAAAAGCUACGUUGCCGCACCAUCUCCGCUUCCACUGGCUCCGAAGCUGUUCGGUAUGCCAUGAGCGAUAUCAAGUUCGACGUCAUCUUUAUGGAGUUCAAACUACCACAAAUCAAUGGUGCCGAUGUUGCCAAGAUGAUUCGCGAGACCAAGAAUGCCAACUCACAUACCCCUCUGGUAGCCAUCACCGCGUACCUGAAGGAGCUCCAGGCACCACACUAUUUCGACUCGUUGAUCGAGAAGCCUAUCAGCUCGUCUAAACUGACCGAGGUCCUCACACACUUUUGUCAGUGGAAGCCAGCAUCGCCCAGUCAGCCUCACAUGACGCCAAUGUCCCUUUCCCGUCCCAUACCAUCAAGUUUGAGGCAGGAGAGCCUGAGACUGGAGGAUAGCCCUACCAGUGGUACGUCUUCUGGUUUUGCAAACCGGCCUGGCAGCAGCUUCCGUGGUUCUAGCCGCGAUGACUCGAUUUCGUCUAGCCUUUUUGGCGACUCAGAGUCAAUAUCGACUGAUGACAUUCCUGUCGUGAUUAGUCGCAAGGCUACGGGCGAUUGGACCGAGCACGGCCUGGGAAUUGAAGUCUCAUCGGAAGAGCAUAUCCUGAGCUCGAGCGAUCCCGCAAAAGGCAUGCCUCCUCUACGGCUCCAGACGAGUGCUCCGGGGCAGAUCGAGCACGGCAGCACCACGAUGCCGGUAGCCGGUCCACAGCCGCGUCGCUCUUUCGAGAGGCUCAGGGCAAAGAGGGAGGUCAUGGAGAAGAGACGCCUCGAGGGCAACGCGGGCUUCGAUUCCGCAGAUGAUGAAGACGAAGAGCUCGGCCUUGGGAGCGUGGGGAAGGCAGGUAGCCCCGGGCCAACAUCUUCUCCGACAUCAGGUCAAGCCUCGAAGCAGCAGCACUACCGCAGCAAGUCGGUGCUACCCUCGUCGAAGCUUGGAAUUGAGAUGAUGCGCGCCAAUAGCCACGAAAGCAACCACUUCCCAGAUGGUCCGGGUGCAAUCGAGCUCAGGGUGCAUGGUCUUUCCACACCUGUGAACGAAGCUGACUGCCUGUCUCCACGGUCCGGCAGUACUCUCCAGCCCGCCGGGCCGCAUGCCGAUGGACCAGCUCUGAGCCCGGCUCCGGUGAUCAAGGAGGAAAACGAGGAAGACGAGAAAACGGUCAUCAUCCACACGCCCCCCAGGGUGCAGGCGACAGAACUACCUGCGGGGGACGCAGGUGAGGUCGAAGAGACACCAAGACCGGCCCCUACCAUGGACGACCGAAAAUUCUCGAUUUCCACGCUCAAGGCCCCGUACGAGUCCAAAAGAAUGACAGCACACGAGAACUCUACCAAUGUGGCAGAGCAGGCCACUGAGGGCGGCGGCGGACGAAGGGCGGUUGACGACAGCUGACUAUCCGACCAUUGCGGUGACCGAGAUCAAGCAGCCGGUGUGGUUACACAACCAGCAACUGCCGGCGUCGGCAAGAAUAACACCAACACUUUUUCCUUGCGUCAUUUGAUUUCAAUUGCGAACCUGAAGCUCAGCGCGGCGUUCAAUGGGCCUGGUCAGGUUUGAUUUAAGUGUGUUGGAAAGGAGACCACGGGGACUUCACUUUUGUAAUUCCGAGCGAGCAUUUUCACCUGCUGGAAGACUUUAUGGCAGGCGUGCGUGGUCGGUUUCCAGAAGCGUCCAAGCCGAUCAUUCUAAGCGAGCGGGCUGGUGGCUAGCGGAAGCUAGGCUGACCGAGAGAAGCAACCUUUUACCACACUGAUCCUUUUUCCCCCUACACCCCUUCAGCACCGCCGUCUUUCUUUUGCGAGGGAACAUGGAAUUUCAAAACGCGUGGGCAGUAAUCAAAACAAGGAGUGCAAAAAAGAAGAAAAAAAUCCCGCUGUCCCGGCGGCAUCAUUAUUGUUGUCGUCGUUAUAGUUAGCGUCAGAGGCAUCCGAAGUUGCAAUUGAGGACAACACGAUCACCGGCCCACAGAAGCAUGACGGUUACGCAAUCGGCCUUUUUGACCUAGGCGCUGACCCUUUUUCCUUUGUUUCUCUGUGUAUUUUAGCCUAUCAAGGAAUGUCUGUUCUUGCCGUCACAGCCCGUCAUCCUUGGGGCUGGGAAUAUGGCCUGGCAGCUGUUAGCUUUCUGAGCUUGCUGGGAUAGUCAUUGGGUCAGAUUUCAUAUACUCAUGGCUUUUACCUGGCCGGCUCAAGCAGAGCACGGCUAUAUAUGCGAGCGUUAUGUUAUCUAUACACGUGUGGUCUCAUUUUGGGCAUGAGGCGGCUAGAGUCGAUAGGGAGUUUGAAAGAUGGAUUGGUGACUUGGCCAAAGGGAAAGCGAUGCUAGUGUUGAAUUUGUAUGUACGUUAUGGUGGUGGUAUAGGAAAACGGGACAAAAAGUUGACCGAGUAAAAUAACGAUAAAAAAAGGAAUUGGAUCGACCGGGUAGUGCUAGGUAUAUAGAUAGAUAGUUAGUUAAGUAAUAUAAAUCUAUACUUAACAGAUAGAAUAGGUUUUAAUUAAUAUAUUUCUAUAAGUAUAGAA